AUGUCCACCAAGAUCAAGAACGACCCAGAGAACAUGUCUUUGUCCCAGUCAUCUUUGCACACUAUGGACCACUUGUCUCAGCCGAGACAAAACCAAAUGAUCCCAGGGAUCCCCAACAUGGCCUCCAGAGGAAUCCAGGAUGAUGAACUUUCGAGCCAGGACAAUUUCUCCUUGUGUUCAAGCACACACCCCAACCACGGAACCCCCAAUGACUUAAAGGGGUGGUCUCUGAGCGACGUGGAUGCACUUGACAGUGGUGCGAUGUCCAAACCAGAGUCCCCGGAAGUCCAGAUGCUCUCUUUCUCUUUCUCUCAGCAACUGCUGCCAUCGACCGUUGGCCCCAGUGAUGUAAUGUAUCAUCACGCCGGAUCCGAUUUCUCAGGCAUCCAGGAUGUGACUGAACAAAAUGACCUGGAUUUCUCCCAUGCACAUGACUUCAACCACUACUCCUCAUUGGUUGACCUCUCUGCCUUUGAUAAUGAAGUUUAUGGCCAGAAUGGUACCCAGUCCUCUUGCACUCCUGAUGAUACUCUCUCCAGCCACAGCUCUCAUGCGGAUGACGGCCACCUGGCCGGCAAUGAGGCGUGGAACUCGAUGAACUACCACGGAUCAUCCAUGGAU